AUGUGUCAAGAAUUCAUACGUCAACUUUUUUCAUCUAAAUGUCAAUUAACCUCUCUUCAACUUGAUAUUUCACAAGACAAUUCUCUUUUUCAAAUACACGACUGUUUUUCAUCAUCAUUUUUUCAUAUUUAUUCAAAUGAAAUCGACAAUCAACUUGUUACUAAUUGUAUGAGUCUUCGUCGUUUACACAUUCAUGUUAUUCAUGGUUAUUUUAUUGAACAUAUUAUUGAACAUGUACCUCCUCUUGAAACUCUAUCAGUUAUAAUCCGAGAUUCAUUGGCUAGCCCAUUGUUAUAUCAGAUCAAGUUUAAAACGUUUCCGCCAACUGUUGUCAACUGGUAUGAUAAGAUUCCAAAGUUAAAAUGUUUUACUUUAAAAAGUAACAUUUUUCGUGAUUCUGAGUUGGUAUAUUUAAAAUGGAUUCUUAAUAAUGUUAAUCAUGUUGAAAAAUUAAAACUUAGACUUGAUAUAAAUUUAACAUAUCAAGAAGAUUCAAUGAAAAGAGAUUGUCUUGUUGAUGCCAAUUUUAUUAAUGAAUAUUGUAUGCCUGAUAUAUCGAGAAAUUUCAUUGUUUUUAAUUUUUAUAUUCUAUUCAAAUGUGAAUUAUUGUCGGAUAAUAAUAUUCAAACAAUAGAAAACUCAUUUAAAAUUCAUCGAUUUUUUAUUGAUGAUCAUUGGAUAAAGGUGAAAUGUUUCUUUGAUCCAAUAAUGUCAUAUCAACAUAUAUCAUCAACUGGAAUGAUCAAACCAAAAUUCUUUGAUAGUAUUAUAAAUUAUUCAAAUAUUUUCGAUUGGCAACAUGUGAAAUCUUUAAAGGUUGAUUUAUGUCCAUCGAUUGAUUUAUUUCUCAAACAAUUCGAUAUUCUAUUUCCUCAUAUAACUUCUAUUCAAUUUAAUAUGGGGCACGAAAAAUUUGUCCAUGGCUCUGAAUAUUCCAUGUUUUUACAAUCAUCAUUGGAUGUAUUACAAUGGAAAUUGACCAAUAUUCAUCUUCAAUACAUUACAAAACUUGAUUUUGGUUCUCGCUUUUGCCGUAGUUCUGAGUACAAGCAUAAAUCUAUUGAUCAAAAUAUAAUACGAGCAGAAAUACUUGCUUAUCUUAUUUCAAUGCCAAUUCAAUUGAUUUAUCUUCGAAUUGAACAUUUUGAAUGGCUUUUGCACAUUGUUCAAUAUGCAUCGAACAAACUUAGAAAAAACGCAUUGAAUUCAGUUCGAUAUGCUGAAUUUUGUCUUCCUAGUUGUCAUAAUGGUUCAAAUGAAUCGACGCGUGUUGGAAAAAAUCUUGUAUCUUUUCUUGGAAAUUAUACACCAUAUUUGCAAACAUUACGUAUUUGGCGACCAGAUGAUUUUCCUUGGACAUCAAUUCGACCAGAAUUUCGAACGGAAUGUCGUCGUCAAAUUUUGACUGAUAGAUGGUUAAAAUCUUUAACAACAUUUCAAUCAAUUGCUGAACAUGUUUCUAUAUUUGAAUAUGAUCUUUCUCAAUUAAUUCAACAACUAAAACAAUUUACUUUUCUCGAUAUUUAUGGUCGAAUUGAUCGUCAAAAAAUCGAACCUUACCGUUCUAUGAUUCAAAGACAUUUUCCUAAUAGUCGAGUUGAUAUUCAAAUAACAAGAUUUUGUCUUUGGUUUUGA